AUGGAAGGCACAACCAACAACAUUUUCCAAACCACCUUUUCCUCCGACAACAAGACAAACAACACUACCGACAAUUUCAUUGUUGAGGACCUCCUUAACCUCAACAAUGACAUCGACGACGACACUACCAUCAUUUCCGACACCAACCUUGACUCGGCCACGGGCAACUCAACUGCCUCCUCCUCCACCCUUACCGUCGUCAAUAGCGUUAGCCCGUCGUCAUUGUCCGGGUGCGACCCUAAUGUCGUUCCUGAUAUUGGCUGUCAGAAUUUUUCUGACAGCCAUUUCUCCGGAGACCUGUGUAUUCCGGAGGAUGAUUUAGCGGGCGACCUGGAAUGGCUUUCCAAUAUUGUUGAGGAAUCGUUUUCAAGUGAGGAUCUUCAAAAGAUGCAACUGAUAUCGGGCAUGAAGGUAAGAAACCAGGACGAAGAACCCCGCGAGCUUUCCCAACCCAACCGAAACAAUCCUAUAUUCAACAAGGAAGUUUUGGUUCCAGCUAAGGCCCGUAGCAAGAGGACUCGUGGGCCCCCUUGCGACUGGAGCUCACGUCUUCUUGUUUUGUCUCAAACAACACCGUCUUCUUCUGAGUCAGAAUUCCUUAUUCCCACCCCCACCUUACCUACCGUCACUGUUCCAAGGAAGCAGGCAAAGACUGCUCCAAGAAGAAAGGACAAUGACGGAGGGUCAGGUGGAGAUGGUCGGAGGUGUCUGCAUUGCAUGACAGACAAGACGCCACAGUGGCGAACCGGGCCUAAUGGCCCAAAAACAUUAUGCAAUGCUUGUGGUGUAAGAUAUAAGUCGGGUCGAUUGGUGCCCGAAUACAGGCCUGCAGCUAGCCCUACAUUUGUGCUCACUAAACACUCCAACUCGCAUCGUAAAGUAUUGGAGCUACGGAGGCAGAAGGAAAUGUUGCGGGCACACCAACACCAACAAAACCAGAUUUUACAACAUCAGAGUAUGAUGUUUGAUAUGUCCAAUAAUGAUGAUUACUUGAUUCACCAACAUAUGGGACCUGAUUUUAGGCAGAUGAUGUAG